AUGACUCAAUGUACAAGAAGUGACGCCUUUGAUUGGUGUAUAAGGAAGGGAGUAAUUCCUGAAAGGAGUUUUGUGUUGACAGGGGAUCUCACAGACACCACGGAUGGUACUAUUAUGACCGAGAUGUUAUUUCUUUUCGGGAUAAAGCAACCAAGGAUUGCUGAUAAACAGUUUAGAGAAAGUGGAGAGAUGUGGGCUGUAUUAAUAACUACAAGUCAUGACUUAGAGUCUGAGUUGCUUCCAAAAGUGGUGGCUGUGAGGUCUAACCCUGAUCGUAGGUGGAAAAUUUUAUGGCCUGAAAAGGACAGCAGUGAAAGGGCUGCUGAACCAUUAAUGGUGGGUGAUAUGUCUUAUCCAGUUAGUGGAGACCCCUCUACAGCUGUGGGAGAAGGGAGUCAAUCGCAGGGCCUUGAGGAAAAGCUAGGGAAUCAGUUAGAGGUUAUAGCUAAUAAAGUAGUACAUCAAUUAGAACGGUGGCACUAUGAGGGUAGCUAUAGGCGAUUGAGACUUUUUUCAGGAAUACUUCCUGUGCCUGUCGGGGAGGAAUCUUAUGAGGCAUGGAGAGAGGCAGCCAUACAACAGUCUGAGGAGUGGCAUUGUCCUGACCACAUAAAGAAACAAAGAAUAGUGGAAAGUCUACGGGGACCCACUAUGGGAAUUAUCCAGGCUACUAGAAAAAGUAAUCCCGAAGCUGCGGUAGCUGACUACUUCCAAGCCUUAGAUUACACAUAUGGGACAUUGGAGGAUGUAGGUGAUUUGGUUGCCAGAUUUCACCAUACUUAUCAGGAGACAGGAGAAAAGUUAUCGCAGUAUGUGUAUAGAUUAGAUAAAUUAAUACAUAAAAUUAUAGAUAAAGGAGGGUUAGCUCCUGCUGAAGUUAAUAGCAGCCGAUUGAAACAGUUAAUUAGGGGAGCAUUAACAACUGACCCUGUAGCUCAACGGUUGCGUUGUACAUCUUUAUUAUUAGGAAGUCCCACCCUUAAUGACUUAAUUAAGUAG